AUGGAAAAGUUCAGCGAGAUGGGAGUGAAGCAGGAAAGUAGGGAUGGAGAGGAAGAAGGAGCAGGCGGGUGGUCGAAGGACAUGAGUGGGGAGUUUGUGAAGGCACGGGAGGCGAGAGAGCGCCUGAGGGAGUCGGCGGUGAUGAUGGCUAGAGACGCGGGAAUGUCGCCAUCUUCAGCGGCGUUUCGCGCCAAAACCAAGCGGGAUGUAAACAACAAUGGCGGCGCCCAUCAACCGGUAGCAGCCGCUGCGUCCGUGAAGACACCCAAGUACUCGGGUAAGGCUGACUGGGAGGCUUUCCAUGCCCAAUUUGAACUGCUUGCACAUGCCGGGGGGUGCCCUGAGGAUAGACACAGCUACGAGGCGUUAGCGGGGGCUUUGAAGAGGCGGUUUGGACAGUGUUUCCCGCCAGAGCUGCUCCGGAACAAAUUGAGUAACCGCUGUCGGAAGUCUGGAGAGACGCUGCGUGCGUUGGCUAACGACGUGGAGAGCCUGACGCGGCGGGCAUAUGCACACAUGCCACCCGGAGUGCAGAGUGAGCUGGCACGUGAUCAAUUCAUCAGGGCUCUCCUCCCUGCGGACUUGAGGGUUGGGGUACAGCUGCAGCAUCAACAGUCCUUGCAGGUGGCCUUGGAGAUGGCUGUGGAGAGAGAGAUUGUGUGGAGUGUGGCAGCGAGGAGCAGCGGAGGGCCGGUACCACCGGCUGUGAGGAGCUGCAGAGAGGAGGAGAAGCCUGUAUGGGUUACCAAGGUGACUGAAAGUGUUCCAGUUUUAUUAGAGGAGAAAAUGAGGGAGAUGGAAGCAGCUGUCAAUGCAGAGAGGAAACUGUGGCAGCAACAGGAGGCUAGAGUCAAAGCGGAGCUGGCCUCUCUUGAGCGAGAUCUCCAGGAGAGUAAAGAGAAGGAGAGCCUUGUGGCCUCUCUGGAGAAGUGCCUCCAAGAGGGCAAAGAGAGAGAAAGGAGCCUGGUGGAGGAGGGUGCCAAGAGGGAGGCGCAGUCCAAAGAGCUGCUCAGGAGCCUGGAAGCCGAGAAGGACCACCUGGAGGAGCGUCUGAUGAACCAGCUGGCCCAGCUCAACGGCAGCAUCGCAGACUACCAGCAGAAGGCGGUGGACAACCGGGAGCAUUUGACCGAGCUGCAGCGGGAGGUGGAGCGGUUGGCAAGGGAGCGGGCCGAGUUGGAGGCCGAGGCGCAGAGCGAGAGCGACCGGGCCGCCAGGCUGGAGGAGGCAUGA